AUGCCCAGCCACGGAAGUGUGAUCCUCCAGUCUACACUCCUGAAAACGGCCGCAAACCUGACGGUCCAGGGGGCCAAGAUCUGGACAAACAAUGGCUCCGCGAUCCAAUGCAUUGAUUGGUUGUCCGUGGCUGAGUUUGCGGUAUGCGGAGUUAUUCAAGCAGAAAUUGGCUGGCACUGGCAUAACUUCCUGGAUGAUGCUUUCUCUACCUCUCAGCCAGAACCAGCAAACGAUUACGAGAAGCAAAUACGCCGAGAGCGAAAGGAAUUCUGGCUUCAUAUAUUUAUCAAACUCAUGCUGGACCAAACAGCCGGCUCAUUCAUGAUGAAUACAGUCUUCAUAAUCUGCACCACUGCCGCACGGGUGUCGAGUCUGAAUACGCUAGGGGUCGAGUUGGACAGGAGGAUUUGGCCGUUAAUUCUGGAUGCGUGGAAGAUCUGGCCUGCGGCCUCUUUGGCUAACUUUCUCUGGGUUCCCGUGGACUGGCGGGUUCUGGUCUCUUCCUGUGUGGGAUUCGCUUGGAAUAUUUUUCUGUCCAUAUGGACGCUGGCGAGACAGGAAGCUUGA